AUGAACACUGAAAAACUGAAAAAACUGCAGUCACAAGUCCGCAUAGGCGGCAAGGGUACUCCAAGGCGUAAGAAGAAGGUCGUCCAUGCGACCGCAGCCACAGACGACAAGAAACUGCAGUCAUCCCUCAAAAAAUUGUCAGUAAACACUAUCCCCGGCAUCGAGGAAGUAAAUAUGAUAAAAGAUGACGGCACAGUAAUACACUUUAAUAACCCAAAAGCGCAGGCCUCGCUCGCAGCGAACACUUUCGCUAUCACCGGGCAUGGGGAAAAUAAGCAGAUCGCUGAAAUGUUGCCAGGAAUCUUGAGCCAGCUCGGCCCUGAAGGCUUAAACCAGUUAAAGAAAAUCGCGUCUAGUGUAGCCCCGCCGAAACCUCUAGACGAAGACGACGAAGUACCUAACCUCGUUGGCAAUUUUGACGAAGCGUCGAAACAGGAGGCCAAAGAGGUAAUCACUGAUGAGAAAGAAAAGGAAAAGGAGAAAAAACCAGAAACAGAAACCAAAGCCGCGGCGGACAAGAAAGUUGAU